AUGGCUCGUUUGCAAGGGACAGAAUCUCGGCUGGCAGACUGCUUCUCGGCUGGUCUCGCUAAGCUUCAUUCCAAACUGGAAGCGGAGCUAGACAAAGUCCUGGAGCAGGAAGAGCUUAUCUGGUUUCAACGGGCGCGCGAGAAAUGGGUGCAGUUUGGUGAGAAGAACACAUCCUACUUCCAUCAACAAGCGAAUAUCCGGCGAAGACGCAACAAAAUCGAAGCCCUCCGUGAUGACAACGAUAAUUGGGUGACUGAUCCCCAUACCCUGGCUAGUUUGGUCUUCAAUUUUUUUGCUAAUCUCUGUAUGCAGGAUACGAGCUCCUACGAGGACAGGCUGCCCAAGAACUCCUUCCCCCACAUCAGCCAGGAGGAUAUGCUUACGCUCCUUCGUCCUUUCACCAUCUCGGAUGUCCACAAAGCUAUCUUCGACAUGAAGCCCUUUCAAGCUCCCGGACCCGACGGCUACCAGGCCGUUUUCUAUCAGGAACUUUGGAAAUUUGUAGGGAAAAGUCUCACUGACAUGGUAAUAAAGUUUUUUGAGACAGGUUCUCUCCCUGAAAAGGUGUCGGAGUCCACUUUAGUGCUCAUUCCCAAGGUGGAGAAGCCAGAGAUGGUGUCCCAGCUUAGACCCAUCUCUCUCAACAACGUCAGCCUGAAGACUAUCACCAAAGCUUUAACGAGCAGAUUGAAACCCCUGAUGAGGAAGCUGGUGUCACCUCGCCAGAAUAGCUUUAUCCCGGGGAGACAAACGACGGACAAUGUCAUCGUGGUGCAGGAAGUCCUCCAUUCUUUGCAUAAGAGACGGGGGAAGAAGGGUGGGUUAGUUCUCAAGAUUGAUCUGGAGAAAGCUUAUGACAGGUUGCGAUGGGACUUUCUUCGGGAUACUCUGAAAGAAGUGGGCCUCCCCAGCACCUGGAUUAGCGGAAUUAUGCACUGUGUCGAGCAGAACCGGAUGCGCAUCUUGUGGAAUGGCCAGCUCUCGCAGCCAAUUGCCCCAACUCGGGGAGUCCGCCAGGGAGACCCUCUAUCACCCUACCUUUUUGUUCUCUGCAUGGAACGUCUCUCUCACCUGAUUGAUGAGUUGGUUGCAAACGGUCAUUGGAAAGCUAUUAGACUGUCAAGCAACGAUCCUCCUCUCACUCACCUCUUUUUUGCAGAUGAUCUUCUCCUUUUUGCAGAGGCAGAGACGAGGCAGGUCCGAGUUAUUAAGCGCUGCUUGGAUGACUUUUGUGCUAGCUCGGGGCAGAUAGUGAAUUACCAGAAGUCCAUCCUGUAUGUCUCCCCCAACAUUGGUCAACCAAAAGCGAACCGUCUGAGCCAGCUAGCGGGCAUCCCUCUGAAGGCCAACCUGGGGAAGUACUUGGGUAUCCCUGCGAUCCAUGGGCGUGUUACUAAAGAUAGAUACCAUUCUCUCCUCCUUCGCAUCCAGAAGAAACUGGCGCCUUGGAAAGCUAAGCGCUUGUCUUUCGCGGCCCGGUUGAAUGUGGCUAAGUCGGUUUCUGCUUCUAUUCCUGUUUAUAAUAUGAAUACUGAGCUAAUCCCGAUUGGUGUGUACAAUAGUAUUGAUAAAGUGAACAGGGAUUUUGUUUGGGGCGAUGAGGAGAACAAGUCCAAGCUCCACUUGGUAGCCUGGGAUAAGAUGACCCAACCAAAGUGCCAAGGGGGCGUUGGUCUCCGCCCGACUAGACAAGCUAACCUAGCAAUGCUGGCGAAGGGUGGAUGGCGUCUCAUCAACGAAAAAGAUAACCUGUGGGGCCAGGUCAUGCUAUCCAAGUAUGGAAGACAACGUGAGAACUUGGAUAUCCUGCGUCAUACUCAGGGAAGUUCCUUUACCUGGAGCAGUUUUACGAAAGCUGCUGAUCUCUUGAAGAAGGACAGUGCCUGGAACAUUAAGAAUGGGAAAAGCACUAAGUUCUGGUUUGAUCCGUGGGUUUUGCAGGUUGCAUUGAAGGACGUAGCUCUCAACCAGAUCCCGGAGGAGUUGGAGCACGCGGUGGUGGGGGAUUUCGUGACGAGCGAUGGUAGCUGGCGCACGGACCUGUUUAGCGAGAUUUUGCCUGUAGACAUUGUCCAGAAGAUCCUGAGUGUAGCUGUCGAUACCCUCUCUACGGAAGAGGAUACGCUCUUUUGGCAUACCGCCCCCGACGGGAGAUUCUCUACGAAGUCAGCCUACACGCUCAUCAAUCAGCACCAAGCGGACCCGAAUGAAAAGCUGUGGAAGACAAUUUGGCAGCUCCCUGUUCCGGAAAGGGUGCGAAGCUUCGUUUGGCUCGUCUGCCGGGGGAGGAUCCCCACGAACUCCUUCCGCUUCUCCAGAAAGAUCGCGCCGAACCCGUCUUGCCAGCGUUGUACAGGGGCUCCGGAGUCAAUUCUGCAUUUACUGAGAGAUUGCCCGCCAGCUCUUUUUUUCUGGACUCGCCACGUCCCUAGCGCCAGGCAAUUCUCUUUCUUCAGCACCGGCCAGGAAGAUUGGCUCCGCUCCAAUCUGCUGAGUACUGAUUCUUUGGAAUCUGGGGUAACGUGGGCAGCUUUCUUCAGCACCUCCAUCUGGCUACUUUGGAAGAACCGGUGUACCUACUGUUUACAGGGACCGGGUGCUGCUCUUUCUCCGCCUUCCCUCGAGCACUCCAUCAUUACCAGGAUUAAGCUUUGGCAUGCCGCGUGGAUAGCCCCUCCCUCCCUCCCCAGCAGCAGAACUCGCCCGGCGAACAUGGUUAUGGCUGAUAUAGGUUGGACCCCCCCAGCUGCAGGAUGGUGCGCCCUCAAUGUCGACGGCGCCUCGAAUGGUAACCCGGGUCCAGCGGGUACGGGCGGUGUCCUCCGGGAUUCGACGGGGCAAUGGAUUGCAGGUUACAUGGCAAAUAUAGGGAGCACCACCGCCGCUCACGCCGAGCUUUGGGCUCUCAUGUAUGGACUGGAUUUGGCUUGGAAACAUGAUUGUCGUGCUCUUCAGGUUCAGACGGACUCCCAGCUGGCUUUGCAACUCAUCAAUUCAAGACAUGAUCCGGUACACCCCUAUGCCACUCUCCUUACAGCUAUUCGCAGGAAAAUUAGUCGUGAUUGGUUGGUUCGCCUCACUCAUACAUAUCGAGAAGGGAAUAGAGUCGCGGACUGGCUCUCGAAGCACAGUCUCGUAUACCCCUAUGGUAUGCAUGAGUUGGGGCAUCCACCUCCAGGUGUGGUUUCGAUUCUUCGAGAGGAUGUUAUGGGAGUUACCCGCCCUCGUCGGGUGACAGCUCACUCUCCCCCCUCUGUUCCCUCCCCCAUGUAA